ACCAAGUUUCGUUCAAUUCCUAAUUAAUGUCAACAGUAACUAAUUAUUUUAAAAGUCUGUAUCUCAGCGACAUUGUAACUGCGUUCUCUUUGUUUUCAUUAAUACUUUAACAGUUCAACGUCAUUGAAUAUUUUUGAAAAUUAGGGACAGUAAAUGUCUGAAAAUACCCUUAAUGUUUGCUACUUAAUAUUUAAAUAGCAAUUAAAAAUUUUUCUCAUUAAAAUUCAUACAAAGAUUCAUAAAAUAUUUAUCAUUAAGAUUCAUAAAAAGACUCAGGUACAUGUUUAUAAUCUCGCUUAGGUACUAAUAGGUUUAUAAUUACGUCUGUACCUUUAAAGAUCUUGAAGAUGCCAAGAUAAUGAUAAUGAUCAAUGAAUUAGUCACCAUUGGUAAAUUCUAAAAUACCCUUAAGUACUUAAUAUUUACCGAGUUUUAGCAUAUAAAUACUUAAAAUUUCGGGUCUUAAAUUUAGUCAAGUCUUAGCUUCCAAGCUGUUCACAUCGUCGCUAACUUUGCCCGAGUUUCAAGUGUAAAAUAAAUAAUUCCACGUUGAUAUUAAAUAAAAUAUUUUGAAAAGUGUAAAAUGGCUUGUGCAAGUAUCGAAGUACCAAAAAUAAUUAAAAACAAAGAGAACGUGGAUGUAUUUGAGUCAACACAAAUUUUGGCUGAUGAAAUAGACUCAAGAAUGGCUCUGUAUUGUCAAAUGCAGCAAUCGUUACGUGACAGCAAAGAAAUGUUGAAUCAAAUAAAAGUUGACUACUUGAAAACUGAUAAAACUCAGAGUGAAAUAGACUUUUUUGCAAAUGAAAUCGAAAAAUUGAACUCUCAGAUUAAUAGUGCGUCGAAACAAAUAAAUUUGGACUUCGAAUGCUUGGAAACGCAUCUUCGUACUGUUUUUGAACAAUUAUCGCAACUAGAUGAUGAAAAUGAUUCCUGCGAACCUGAACAGUGUCAGCAAUUGCAAUAAGAAAUAAAAAUUCAAACAAAUAUUUAAUAUAAUUAUUUAUUAAUAAUUUUUAUAAAUACUGUAACUGUAAAUUUAUAACUUUUAUAUUUUACUCCAGAAGA